UGAUGGCUAUUGGACCAAUUGGACUUAUAAAAACUCCGUCAUUUGGACUAUUGGAUUUAAUAAUUUUAUAAGUCCAAUAGAAUUCAAUUUUAUUGGACUUAUAAGUAGAGUUAAUAGCUAUGAAGUUAUGGAUGUUUUUGCAACUAUACUAACUGCAUUACAUG